CAGGAGUGUAGUUCAAAGCAACCGCGAAGGUAAGAAAUGRAURGAUUUCAUUUCUCWUUACCGUUUUCGAUUUGUUUCAUUAGUARYCGUCUCGUGCUCACACGUUGUUCAUUGAAUAUUACGAUUGUUUAGAGAUGAGUCAACCUGAGCCAUUGAGCCAGUUGACUCAAGAUUAUGAACCAGACCAGUCUUCGAUGAAGUAUGAUACUAUAGACUCUGUUGAGGGGGCAGGUAUAGCAUCCCAGAUGGAAAGGAUGAAGCAACGCGUAGAACAAUUGGAGAAAGAAAAGAUGGAGCUAUCUAUGUCAAAGGCACCUCUCGAGGCAAGGUUUCGUCAAAAAGAAGAUCUGUGGCAAAAAGAUAGGACAAGYUUGAUGGAUCAGAUCGAAGCGGCCAAGAGUUCUCUUCGGGAAGCAGAUGAAAAAUAUUGCGAUCUYAARGCACAAUAUGAGACAGCGACCGAAGAAGUUAUUCAUUUGCGUCACGAGGUUCGAAAGGCCUCGAGUUCGACACGGUUUGGUACCGGAGUGCCGGGGUCAUCUGCAGCUGCAUCAAACAACAAWAGUCUAUGGGGGAGACAAUUACAAAACGACCGCGAUCUCGCAGAGAUGAAAGAAAAGCUUAGAACUGCAGAAGAAGAAAUUGGUGGAAUAAGGCUUGCAAAAGUCUCACUCGAAAAGGAAUUGCAUGCCACUCGAAUCGAGUUAAGGUGUUUGGAACGAAACUACGACGAGCUUAAGGUCGAAUAUGACGAUAUAGCCGCACAAACAUCUCAAAAUAAUGAAGCUGAAAUYAAACUCGAAGUUCUGACGGAAGAACACAUUGCUACGACGGCAGCACUAAAUGCUGUUUAUGCGGAUCUAGAUGCAACAAAGGCAAGGGCUGACGCRGCCAUGAAAGAGAAAGYKGAUUCCCACAAGAAAGAAAUUGAGCAACUGCAAUUUGAUUUAAGUGUCAUCAAGACGCGGGCCAGCAAAGUUCAAAUUGAUGUCAAUGCAGCGAAUCUAUCAAUUGAAGSGGAAGACGACGCUGUGCUCCGAGCUCGUAUAGAAGAACGCGACAGGCGUAUCGCAGAGCUAGAAAAUGAGCUCCUGAAGGGUGAACAGCAACGUCGAGAAAUGCACAACGCAAUUCAAGAGCUCAGAGGAAACAUUCGAGUAUAUGUUCGCACUCGGCCGUUUCUUCCAGGUGACAAGCAGACCGAUGAUUCGCCAAUCGAUGUCACUCCUGACGGAGAGUCUCUCACCAUUCUUGAUCGGCGCAGCGGAAAUCCAGUGGGUUUUAAAUUCGACAAAGUGUUCCCUCCYUCGGCCGGACAGGAAUUUGUCUUCGAUGAAGUUUCGGAUUUUGUGCAAAGUGCUCUAGAUGGAUAUCAUGUUUGUCUAUUUUCGUACGGCCAGACUGGAUCUGGGAAAACCCAUACUAUGCAAGGGUGUGGAAACGGACCGAUGAGAGGAAUCAUCCCUCGGUCCGUUUCGAAAAUCCUUGAUCAAGCCAGAGUCAUGAACAAACAGAAAUGGAACUUUAAUCUUUCCGCUUCCUUCCUUGAGAUUUAUAACGAAAACCUCAACGAUUUGUUGACGUCCAUGCGGCCAUCAGGAGAAAAUUCGAACAAGAAGCUAUCAAUCAAACGGGAUCGCGAAGGRAAAAGUUUUGUAGAUGGAUUGAYAAAAAUUCCUAUCGAUGUCCAAGACUCACAAUCAGGAAUGGAGCAAUUAGAAGCGUUGAUGGGUGUCGCAGCUCGGUCGCGGUCGGUUGCUAGCACGAAAAUGAAUUCUCAAAGUUCAAGAAGUCACUCAGUUUUUAUGCUUCAUCUUAAYGGUUACAAUGAUGACAGUGGUGCUAUUGUAAGCGGAGCCCUAAACUUAUGUGAUCUUGCAGGAAGUGAGAGGUUGGAUCGUAGUGGCGCUGRUGCCGAUGCUAAACGCUUGAAGGAAACGCAAUCCAUCAACAAGAGUUUGAGUUGCCUCGGUGAUGUUUUCAACGCUCUCGCAACCGGUGCAUCGCACGUCCCCUACAGAAACUCAAAACUGACAUACUUACUCCAGGACUGUUUAAGUGGUGAUGGGAAAGCGUUGAUGUUCGUCAAUCUUAGCCCAACGACAGCAAGUUGUGGAGAGAGCGUGUGUUCGCUACGCUUUGCUCARCGUGUCAACCAAGUGGAACUUGGAAAAGCAACAAAGCAUGUCCAAUACAAUAAACACUGAAAAGUGGARGCACUGGUAUACUUUCGAUGCUAUAAUUUAGGAAGAAAACACUUCAAGUUUA